GUGCUAUGAUAUUGAUUGAAUGCAGUAUUCAGAAAUGAUGGAAAGCUCAGAGCUCUUCCUCCGUCAAAAACGCCGGCGGAUCCCAAGCGGACACCCUACCUCAGAGCUCUCCGUGCUGUCAGUGACGCUACUGAUCACAUCGGUGCUGUCAGCGAAGUUACCGGUCACAUCUGUCUGCUCCGUUUGCCCCGUCUGCUUCAUCUGCUCCAUCUGCUCCAUCUGCUUCGUCUGCUUCAUCUGCUCCGGCUGCUCCUCCGAAUCUUCCACCACCACGGGCCCGCUCACCUCCUGCCACACCCACAGCCCUGAAACCUCCCCCAGUAGCACGCCAAGGAAAAUCAGUUCCUCCCAUCGAAGGUGUGCGAGCAGUUCCCCCACAACCCGCAGCACAGCCCACAGUGGCUUCAGCAGCGGCGCCCCAUUAACCAAUAUCAACAAGAUUUGUAUUCCCCAAAACACAAGGCCCUCAUCACUGCUAUUCAGAAUUCUCUCGACGACUCGCGAAAUCCUCCUCCAUGUGCGCUUGAGGGGGUCUUCAUCACUGCCAUGCAGAAUUCGGUCAACGAACCACGAAACCUUCCUCCAUGCGCGCAGGAGGAGACACUUGAUCGCCUCUAAGGAGCGUCGGCGGGUGAAGCAGCGGGUGCCGGUUACAUAUCUCCACGCGAGGAUGGUGCGGUACUUCCAAAACUGGAGGGGACAAAAUGGAUCCUCCCGGCUGCGGCGGCGACGGCGGUUGCGCGGGCGGUUUGAAUCUUUGGGUCUCGAGCGAGUUCUUUCUCUAGAUGCACGGGCUUCUCGGAUCUUCGUGUGGAGGUAUUGGAGGAGGCUCAUCAGUGUCUACCCCCAACAGCGUAAUUACAGGCAGAAAGGUGGUGUGGUUGUGAAUCGGAACUCUUCGUCUCCAUGUGCUGUGAAUACGGUGUGGAGGGACGGAAGUGAUGCGGCCCAUACUGAUCGAUAUAAGGUAUCGUACCCCCUAGGUCAUCUUGAAGCUGGAGCUUCAUUCAAUCCCUCGGGAAUGUUCCAUAUCCGUCCGGCGCUGUAAAGAUUCCUUCGUGGGGCUUGGGGAAGAUCCUCGACUUGUAUUUCCGUGGUCCGAGACACCCUCAGGUAGAACCUUUGCGUUGUGGCCAAGUUGGGAUACCAUUCUGGGACCGACUGCGUGCACAUGAGCUGCAACUGUUGUAGUUAAGAGAAUGGAGGAGUUGUUUGUAAGAUUUCGUAACGAGUCGAUAAACCCGAACAUCGUGAGAUAGUUAUGGAGGGAAAGAGAAAGUGCAAUUCCCCAUGAUGUGCUUAACCGGCGGCUACCAGCGGGCGCGUUCUAGGCGGUUCC